AUGUCGGAGCCGAGUGGAUCGCACGCAGCGGGCGCGAUGGAGCCAGCUGCAGGCACCUCGGUCCCGCGCGUGGACAUGAUAAGGAACGCUGUGUCGUUCCUCUCUGACCCCAAGGUCCAGAGCUCGCCGAUCUCGCAGCGCGUAAGCUUCUUGGAGUCAAAGGGGUUGACGCCGCAAGAAGUGGACUUGGCACUUGCAGAGAGCUCGCGCGCACCUCCGCCCCAGAACAGCAUGCAAAACAUGCAGAGUCAGUAUCCAAUGAUGCCAGCAUACCCCCCAAUGCAGCCUCAGCAGCGCGACUGGCGCGACUGGUUUAUUAUGGCUGUUGUCUCAGGCACCGUUGGGUACGGCCUGUUUGGCCUUGCACGCCGAUAUUUGUACCCGCAUUUGCUCCCGCCGAACCAGGGUGUGCUGGAGGCGGAGCGCGAUGAGCUGGCGGCGAAAUACGACGAGGUCGCUCUGCACCUCGAGGAACUCGACCAGACCACCGAAGCAAUUCGCCAGGGCUUGGACGUCCACCAGGUCGCUGUCGAGAAGAGUGUGCUAGGCGUGAACGAGAUGGUGGAGCAUGUGCGUGCGCGCGAGGAGCAGCGCGACAAGGACCUGGACCAAAUGAAGUCCGACGUAGAGGAGAUGCGCGAAGAGUUUACCAACUUGCUCAACCGCACGCGCAAGUCGCAAAUCACAGCGCUCACCGAUCUGCAGGGCGAGUUAAAGUCGCUCCGCUCCCUGCUUGUCUCACGCGGCGGCAUGAGCACACCGAAAGAAAAUAGUGGCGCUGAAGAGGACAAGGCAACACCACCACCGCGUCCUGCGCCGACCAUACCUGCUUGGCAAUUAGCCGAUCCUGCGGAAGAAUAG